AUGCAAGCAAUGGAGCUCUUCAAGUCGGCGCCGAAGCCAUCUACUGUCAUCAUCUAUGAAUGGCACCACGAGCCGCAACCAACACAGCCGGCCCGCCGAUUCUGGACGUUAGACGCGUCCAAAGACGAAAGCAAUGGCAAAAUUGCAUUGACACCCGCCAUGCUGUCUAGACAGUCUACAGAAUCGAGAGAAUCUACAGCAAAGUCAGGGACCAAUAUCCCACCGUUGCUCAUGUAUGACGCUGCUUCACACCAUGUUGAGGCUCAUACCACCACCGGGGAGAACCGCAUCGAUACCCAAGUCAACAGAUUUGGGCCGGGAGUUCGACUGUCUCAAACUCAGACAAUGAACGAAUUGUUCACUGGAAAGCCCAUGGCAACGUCAGAUUCGGGCAACGUACUACUCCCGGCAGCCGUUCUGCCCGACCCCAGGCAAUCCCACGACGACGAUACAAGCAGUCCGCAUGUCUUGGUGGCAAUGGCUGUUGGCAAUGGAAAAGAUUCAAUGAGCCUUAAGUAUCGCUUGAGGCAAAUUCAAUCGCACAAGAAGCCACUUCUUCGCCUGCAGGAGGCAUACAGUGGGCAUGAACAGACCGUUAGAUUAGCAGACGACACCGAGACACCAAGUGCCAGCCCAAACAAACUUGUACAGUUGAAUCUUUGCUCCAUCGGCCAGAGCACAGAAUAUCUUCUCCUGCUGACACUCAGUGUCGCCGAUAAUAGUGCUCCAAGCCUGCUUUCCAUAUACUCAGUGGACGAGAAGCUUGCGUUUUCCGAAGCCAGCUCCAUCACAGAACCGAAUGAAGACCUUGGCGUUCGAUGGCAACUCCAAAAUUUCAAGCUUCCAGCACAUGUAUCCAAGAUUGCACCAGUUGUCCUGGAUACCUCCACAGCGAAAUAUCUGGUCAUCUUCUACUUCAACGACGGCGCGCUACGAUUUACAAGCCUGCAGUACACCGGAUCUGGCUCAUUUAUUGGCCCGGUUAACGACUACCCAUGUAAAGUUGGGACGGCCAAGGAACGCCAACCUUCUGCGGAAAACCCAAAUACAACGGUUACGUCCCCCUCUCGGUUCUCUCUCCCGUCCUAUAUACCAUUUGCGACAGCCGAACAAACACCCGAACAAGCAAAGCAGCAGAAUAGGCAAGCGGCCUAUAAACAGUCGAAGAUGGUGGCCGGUGAUGGUGUCCAGCCAUAUGCUCUAAAAGCCAAUCGCUCCAUUUGGAUCUUUUACGAGGGCAGAGAUGGCCAGGCUAAAUACGUUCGCCAUGAAUUGCCAACUGAUAUCGCCGGCCUAUACGAUGGCUGGCUGGCAGCAUCGUGGGAAGUAGCACCGUCAUCUAAAAAGGCAGAUGAUGCUGUAACGAAGGAUAAGAAAACACCAGCAGGAGAGGAUUUCUCUGUAAACAGCGAUGGAAAGCUGCCCAAGGUGGAAGAGAGUUCUACAAGGAGCGAAGAUGCUUCAAAGGCUAACGAGGACCUGUCCGAAAAGGAAGCUGACUCCUCAAAGGAUGAAGCGGCCAAACCCAAACCCAAUGAAGAAUCAUCAAAGACCGAAGGAGAGGCUGCGAAGGACCACGAGAACUCUUCAAAGAACGGUGAGCGAUCAUCAACGGACGGCAUUGACCAUAGCAUUGGAAGGCAUUUCAUCCCAGUUGAGGUAGCAUUCGACUUUCUAUCUAUGCAAUGA